AUGCGUGAGACUGACGAUGAUCGACAGCGAGGAUUCCGCCACGCUCGUGGUGUUCUGUUCUUAUAUCGUAUUGCAAUUGUUGAUCCGGCAUUUAAGGGAGCAAGCAGUCGAAGGCCGCAGUCGCGGCACCAGGCUUGGACGAUGUGUCCCAGAAGAUGGAAAUCCAAAAAACUGAGGUGGUCCACAUCGCACGAGCGGAUCGUCGGCGGGUCCCAGCGAAGCAGCGGAGGAAGACCAGUGAUAUCGGGAGAUGGACUGCCAGUGGGCCGGUGGGACUGCGGGUCCAUCUCCUACCCGACUCGCGCGCCGCGCGCACGCUUGGUUGAGAUGAAGCUCCGCCCAAAAGAUGAUCGUGCAUGGUUGGAGGCCCGGCAGGUGUUGGCCAAGAGGACUUCAGCCUUGGGGGGUCUACGGUGCAAGCUCAUCAGAAAUGAAAAGGGAGCUCAGCUGUAA